AUGGAAGAUGAGGAUGGUGUUGAAGCACCUCACCCAUCCCACCCAGCAAAGGAACUGUGGCCAUAUUGGCCUGGAGGCCUACAAGAUCAAUGGGACAUUGACCUCACUGACUCAACAAAGGAGUGUGACACCGGCGCUGCAGCUGCGUCACCCGAACUUUUGAGCUCUUGCGUGGAGAGAUGCCACGCAGAAGUCUUGCAGAGGUUAGACAAGCAAGAUGAAGUGCUGAGGCGGAUUCAUAUCACUUUGCUGAAGCAGCCAACUGCAAGAGCCUUGAACACCGACAUCAAUUGUAAACUCCCUGAGAUGCACGACAGUGGUGAAUUUGGCCAGCUGGACAUUACCAAUUCGCUUAUUCUUGGAGAGGAAAAGGUGAAGGUUUGCACGCCAGAGGUGUUCCACACCUUCACUGAAGCUGAUUUGGUCUUGCGGGAGAGGGCCGCAGAGGUCGACGGGGACCUCAGCCGGCAGCUCUAUGCAAGUGCUGCUAGCACUCAGGGCACGCUGGAUAGAACACGCAAAGAACGACUGCAACUGUGGUUUCGCAACCUUGUGAACUCGCCGGCCUUUGAUAUGUUUUUUUGCCUUCGUGGUCCUCACCAAUUCAGUGUUUCUCGGGAUUGA